CACCCGUAGCCCAUGUGGCAGUGGCCAUGCACAAUUCAAUAGUUUGGCAGAUCGAGAUGGCAGCCAAUCGCCUGCAGCGUUAAUUCUGGUAAUUAUGGGCCUCUCCACUGCUUGCUGGGAGUUCCUGGAUUUCGGGUCUUCCCCACCGCUGCUGGCCCUACCUUACUCAGUAACAACUCCCCAUAUCGGCGAUCUACACACACACGCGCAAAAUCCGGCCCAGGAUUUAAGAUCAUUUAACCUGCCGGCUGCCCCAGGCGCCUGGACUUGGUCUUUCCUUUUUUUUCCCACGGCUAUCCAACUGCCUGACUUUCCUUAAGCCGUGUUUUGUUGUUUUUUGUUUUUCUAUUCCAGCACAUACUCAUCAUGGGGUCUGAAUUGGGCGUCUCUGCCGACUCCAAGGCAGAGGCUGUCUACUCCCCUGUCGCCAUCUGGUGGGCGUGCUGGGCUGGUAUCUGGACUGUCGCCGUCGCUUCCGGCAUCACCUAUCUCGUCUUGAACCGCAACUCGCCCACCCUCCGAAUCAGAGGCAUCGGCCUGUCGCUGUCCGCCGUCGUUUUCAUCCAUCUCUACUUUAUGUCCGUCCAGUUUGGAAUCAUGGCCGGUCCCCUCCUGCCCGGAGACGCCGAGUUCUGGCUGAUGGGCACCUAUCUGCCCUGUGGCAUCGUCCUAUUCCAGGCAUCCAACACUCGUUUCCUGCACGUUGCGAAGUUGCAGAAGAAAUACGCCCACCGGGAUAGCCGGAUCGACUUGACUCCCGACCUGACGCCCAAGCCCGGCCUGAAGAACCGCUUCAACAGUCUGAGCUUCAACAUGAAGACUUUUAUCUGCGUUGGUAUCGCCUGGGCGGUGCAGCUGUUCCUCACGGUCCUGAUGUGGCUUAUCUCCCGCAAGUGGCAUAGCUCUUGGGGAAUUCCUGGUACUGAGGUUCAUGGUACUGAGAUGGAGCAGAAGUACGAGAUGGGACGGGGCUGGGAAUGGUGGCCUACUAUUGUCUGCCAGUUUGUCUGGUCGUGGAUCGUUGCUCCUAUCGUUCUUUGGAAAGCUCGCCACAUCCAUGAUACCCAGGGCUGGCGAACUCAGACCAUUGGUUGCGUUGUCUCCAGCCUCCACGCUACUCCCAUGUGGCUCAUUGGUGUCUACGUUCCUGGCAUGGCCCCGGUCAACGCCGUCUGGCUGCCUCCUCAGUGGAUCUGCCUUUCCAUCAUCUUCAUCGAAAUCUUCGCCGUCUUCCUCCCCUGCUGGGAGGUCAUGCGCUCGCAAACCCUCCGCAAAGAAACCCUCGACUCCAUCGCGCAAUGGGAGCUCAAAACCAAAGGCAUCGGCUCAGACCGCAAAUCCCUCGCUUCCGCCUCCACCGUCGUCGAGUCCUUCAUGUCCGGCUUCAAAUCCGCCAACGGCUCCGUCGAAUCUGACGCCUCCCGCGAAGGUCUCAUGUCCAUGAGCGCCCUCGAAUACGUCCUCGAGCGCAACCCCGCCCCGCUCCAGCAAUUCUCCGCCCUCCACGACUUCUCCGGCGAAAACAUCGCCUUCCUCACUUCCCUCGCGGACUGGAAAACCUCCCUCCCCAAGGACAUCCAGGACGGCACCGCCCUCGCCGACGAAAACUCCCGCGAGCUCAUCCGCGAACGCUUCAACCGCGCCCUCUACAUCUACGCCGAAUUCAUCAGCGUCCGCCACGCCGAGUUCCCCGUCAACAUCUCCUCGCAGGACCUCCGCCGGCUAGAGACGAUCUUCGAGGGUCCCGCGCGUAUCAUGUACGGCGACGAACGUGAAGUCGACUCCGUCACCCCCUUCGACACACCAGGCUACAAUAUGCAGCCGCUGCAACCCACCGAGUCGGAAGGCUCAACCAAGGCGUUCCGGAGUACCGUUGCCGCGCUCCGUGACCGUGUCCAGUACUGGGGUGACGUGCCCGAUGAGUUCGACCUGACUGUCUUUGACGCCGCAGAGGAGAGCAUCAAGUAUCUUGUUCUGACAAAUACUUGGCCGCGCUUCAUCAAGAGUCGGAGAGUCUCGUCGGAUUCGACUGUUACGCUCCGCUCUGGCAUGACUGCCGUCUAAGAGAGUCAAGAGUGAAAGUGAAGUGAGUGGCAACGCCGAAAUGAAUUAAUAAUGGAAAGGGAGGCCUGCUUUUUUUUUUUUCUGUAUUUUAUAUCUGGGGCUAAGGGUUCUUUCCUUCUCCUUCUACACGUUACUGUACAUAAAUAUUUCU